CAAAAAGUUCACGUUCAAACAAAAAGUAGCCCUCAUGAUGUUGGGUGCUGCGGAUUUCAUGAGUUUCUGCUCAAUGUCCAUCAUGGCCCCCUUUUACCCCAAGGAAGCUGCCAGCAAGGGAAUGACGGAGUCGAUGGCUGGAUACAUUUUCGGAUUUUACGCUUUAGUUGUGUUCAUAUCAUGUCCGGUUUUCGGGAAAAUUCUACCAAAACUAGGAGUGAAGUUUUCAUUCAUAGGGGGAUUGCUUGUGUCUGGAGUGUGCAGUGUUAUUUUUGGGAUGCUACACACAGUACAAGAUUACACCCUUUUUACAACGUUGUCCUUUACGAUAAGAGGGUUUGGCGCUCUAGGGGCUGGUAUAUAUUCCACGGCUGCCUACGUCAUUAUAAUUAAUAUUUUUCCGGAUAAUGCAGGCGCUGUAAGGGGGCUACUAGAGACCUUCGUAGGACUUGGAAUGAGCGCAGGCCCUGGGAUAGGUGGAAUAUUGUUUGCGAUUGGAGGGUUUGGAUUACCAUUUUACGUGGUGGGACUCAUAACCAUUUUGAUCGCCCCAUUAAACAUCUACUUACUUCCUCCUACCCAAAAGUGUGAAGUCGGAGUGAAAUCAGGAUCUUUAAAAAAUCUAUUAAAGCUAACACCCGUCAUGAUGACGUGUCUGAUAAUGAUGGUGGUUGCGAUGACGUGGGGAUUCUUGGAUCCUACGUUAGAACCUCAUUUGAGGAAGUUCAAAUUAAGCCCCGGAAACAUAGGACUGAUAUUUUUACUACUGUCAGCUAUGUACGGAAUAUUUUGUCCUGCCUGGGGCUGGCUGACGGACAAAUUGGAAAACUAUUGGUGGUUGAUGACGACUGGUCUCUUCUGUAACUCAGUGGUUCUCCUAGUUAUGGGUCCGUCACCUAUUUUAAGUUUCUUAAAAGAUUCGAUAUGGUUAAACAUCGUGUCGCUGUCCAUACUAGGAAUUUUCGUCGCAAUGUCUUUAAUGCCUACAUAUCAGUUCAUACUUGACAGUGCCUUGGAAAAUGGUUUCAUUGAGAACCUCGGGACGCACAGUGUGAUAGCAGGCCUAUGGUCAUCUGUUUAUUCUCUGGGGGAAGUACUCGGACCAGUGUUAGGUGGAUAUCUAAUGGAGAAAUACGAUUUUCCGACCACGACUACUACAUUUUCCGCGUUAAACUUUGCCGCUGCCCUCUGUGGAAUGCUGUUCUUUAUGAACAGAAGGAAAUUAACACUAGUACCGACCACGAUUCCACUGGGGCAACAUGAGAAUAUAAAAUACUAUUCAAAAGACUUAGUACAAUUGACGAAUCAUGAUCUCGAGAAAAAUAAUAAAAAUGGCAAUAUGUGGAUUGAAUAUGUCAAAUCUAAAAACUAAAUACCUAGUAAUAAUGUAAUAAUUAUUUUUCUUUAGAUAAUAAAAGACGCUUACUAAUGUUUCAAAAAUAUAAAAAAAUUGUAUUAAUGUUUAAGAACAGUGUACUAAAAUAGGUUUAAUUACAGUAUUAUAAAAAGC